AUGGAGCCACACAACCGUUCUGGAAGGAGCAGAAAAUCUGCAAAGUUCCGGUCCAUCUCUCGGUCCCUGAUCCUCUGUAAUGCUAAGACCAGUGAUGAUGGUUCUAGCCCUGAUGAGAAAUGUCCGGAUCCUUUUGAGAUUUCCCUAUGCCGGGGCAAAGAGGGGCUUUCCCACUCGUCUGUGCAGCUGGCAGACACAUCGGAGGCUGGGCCGAGCAGCAUCCCGGAUCUAGCACUGGCUUCUGAAGCUGUUCAUCUCCAAGCUGCUGGGAGCGAUCGAGGCAAGACCUGCAGAAGGAUAUUCUUCAUGAAGGAGUCAUCCACAACUUCCUCUCAAGAAAAGUCUGGAAAACUAGAAGCACAAAGUAGUACCUUCCUGUUCCCCAAGGCCUGCCAUCAAAGGACACGCAGUAACUCGACCAGUAUUAAUCCCUACUGCCCAGAAGUGGAGUUUCCCAUGACCAAGCACUAUGCAACAACCACAGACAGGCAGCCCUAUUCUCUGUGUAGUAACAGGAAGUCACUCUCUCAGCAACUGGACUGCCCAGCAGGAAAGGCUGCGGGUAAUUCCAGACCCACGCGGUCCCUGAGCACAGUUCAGCUCAUGCAGCCUUCUGGGGGUUUCCAGGCUUCCGUCAUCUCCAACAUUGUGCUGAUGAAGGGCCAGGCCAAGGGCCUGGGCUUCAGCAUUGUCGGGGGAAAGGACAGCAUUUAUGGCCCCAUUGGAAUUUAUGUCAAAACCAUCUUUGCAGGGGGAGCAGCAGCAGCUGAUGGAAGGCUGCAGGAAGGUGAUGAAAUUCUAGAACUCAAUGGUGAAUCAAUGUCUGGGCUAACACAUCAGGAUGCUUUGCAGAAAUUCAAGCAAGCCAAAAAGGGGCUCCUUACCCUCACAGUGCGUACCCGCCUGACAGCCCCACACUCGGGGUCCAGCCACCUGUCCCCGCCUCUGUGCCGCUCUCUGAGCUCCAGCACCUGUGCCACCAAGGACGGCAGCUCCUUCGCUGUGGAAAACCCCGUGGUUCCCACCAGCAUUGCCAAGCCCAAUUACAGAAUCAUGGUGGAGGUGUCUCUCAAGAAAGAGGCUGGUGUUGGUCUGGGAAUCGGUUUGUGCAGCAUUCCCUACUUCCAGUGCAUCUCGGGCAUCUUCGUUCACACUCUCUCUCCAGGGUCUGUGGCCCAUUUGGAUGGAAGGCUCCGGUGUGGUGAUGAGAUUGUGGAGAUCAAUGAUUCCCCAGUACAUUGCAUGACGCUAAAUGAAGUGCACGCAGUCCUGAGUCACUGCAGUCCUGGCUCUGUUCCCAUCAUUGUUAGCAGACAUCCGGACCCACAGAUCUCUGAACAGCAACUCAAAGAAGCCGUAGCCCAGGCUGCAGAGAACAUCAAGUUUGGAAAGGAGAGACAUCAGUGGAAUCUGGAAGGUGUCAAAAGGCUGGAGAGCAGCUGGCACGGGCGGCCCACCUCGGAGAAGGAGCAGGAGAAGAACUCAGCACCUCCACAGCGCAGGGCUCAGAAGAUCAUGGUCCGCUCCAGCAGCGAUAGCAGCUACAUGUCCGGGUCCCCAGGAGGGAGUCCUCGAAGUGGUGGCAGUGAGCAGCAGCCCCCUGAUGUGGAAGUCAGCGCACACAGUUCCCGCCUGCACCUUGGACAGGACAACCAGGUGCUGUCCACGACAGCAGCCAGUCUGCCCCAGGACAGCCCGCCCUUCCCUGGGAGCCAGGAUGGCCACCCACCAUUGAGGUUGAAAAAAUCUUUUGAGAUUUUGGUGAGAAAGCCCACAUCCUCCAAGCCCAAGCCUCCACCCAGAAAAUACUUUAAAAGUGACAGUGACCCCCAAAGGAGUCUGGGAGAGAGAGAGAACUCCGUAUGUUCUUCUGGACACACUUUGUCCUCCUGUGGCCAGGAAGCAAGAGAGCUGCUGCCACCUCAGUCACUUCAGGAAGGCGCAGUAGGGGGGACCCCCUACACCCUUGCCUGCUGUCCGGGACCUGGAGUUGCCCUGAAGACUACAGCUUCCACAGAGGGUGAGCCAGGCAGGAGAGCCAGCCCAGUGCAUCAGAACUCCCCAAUCAAACACCCAGUGCUUAAGAGGCAGGCUCGGAUGGACUAUAGUCUUGACGUCACAGCUGAAGACCCUUGGGUUAGAAUUUCUGACUGCAUCAAAAACUUGUUCAGCCCCAUCAUGACUGAGAGCCAUGGACACUUGCCGCUACAGUCCAGCGUCCAGUUGGGUGAAGAUGGGACGCAGGACCGCCCAGAUGGGGCCCUGCCCAAACUGGAUGCUUCCAAAGGUGCUCCCAAAGUUUACAAGACAGAGGACAAUGGCCCUGCGAAGAAGGGUCCUCCUGUGGCCCCCAAGCCAGCCUGGUUUCGCCAAAGCUUGAAAGGUUUGCAGAGCCGUGCUCCAGACCCCAAAAGAUGGCCCAAUGCAGCCUCAUCUUCCCAGCCAAUGCCUGUACCCAGGGAGCAGUCUGGGCCACACCCACGGGCCUCCUCCUCCAUCAAGCAGAGGAUCAGUUCAUUUGAAACCUUUGGCUCCUCUCAACUUCCAGAGAGAGGAUUCCAGAGACUGAGCUUCCAGCCCCACUCUAGAGAGGCAGCAAAAGCUUCUGGAAGGCAGGAUGGAGCACAGGUUUCUAGCCUCUGUGUGCAAGGGGCUCCGUCCAUUGUUGAGCAACAGCGGUCAGAGAAAGAGCAGCUGCCUCCAGGUGCCCCUGCAGCCUCAGAGGCCAGUGACACAGGUGUGUCUGUGUCCCCUCUGCCAGCGCUGCAGCCCCCUCAGAAGACCCUCCCACCUGGCCCAGAUCCUUUCCUGAGACUGCUGUCAGCACCAACUGAGGAGUCACAAAGCCUCUUUGUCAAGACACCGAGCCAGAGGGCUCAGAGCUUCCCUCUGACCAGAACCCAGUCCUGUGAGGUGAAGCCAUUGGAUGAAAAGACGAGUAAACUCUACUCGAUCAGCAGCCAAGUGUCAUCUGCCGUCAUGAAAUCCUUGCUCUGCCUUUCAUCUUCAGUCUCUUGUGGCCAGACUCCUUGCAUUCCCAAGGAAGGAGCCUCUCCAAUAUCACCGUCCAAUGAAGAGCCAGCGGCAAACAGUUUCACUGAAAUGCCUGCCUCGGACACGGGGUACUCGCUCAACCUUUCAGAGCUCAGAGAAUACACAGAGGGCCUGGCAGAGCCCAAGGAGACCAGUGACUGGACCCAUACUUCCCCUCAGUCUGGUCAAUCCGUCAUCUCUCUGCUGAGCACAGAGGAACUGAAAACGCUCAUAGAAGAAGUGAAGAUUCUGGACGAAGCGACAUUAAAGCAAUUAGACAGCAUCCACGUCACCAUCUUGCACAAGGAGGAAGGAGCUGGCCUCGGGUUCAGCUUGGCAGGAGGAGUGGAUCUAGAAAACAAAGUGAUCACGGUUCACCGAGUGUUCCCAAAUGGGUUGGCCUCCCAGGAAGGGACUAUUCAAAAGGGCAACGAGGUCCUGUCCAUCAAUGGGAAGUCUCUCAAAGGGGCCACACAUACGGAUGCCCUGGCCAUCCUCCGCCAAGCUCGGGACCCGCGGCAAGCCGUGAUUGUCACAAGAAAACCAGCCUUAGAGGUCACUCCCGACUUGAAUUCCUCCAGCGACUCAGCAGCCUCAACCUCUGUAGCCAGUGAUGUUUCUGCAGACGCGAUAGCAGAGGCCACAGUCUGUACAGUGACAUUGGAGAAGAACUCUGCAGGACUGGGCUUCAGUCUGGAAGGAGGAAAGGGCUCCCUCCAUGGAGACAAGCCUCUCACCGUGAACAGGAUUUUCAAAGGAACAGCCUCAGAGCAGAGUGAGACGGUCCAGCCAGGAGAUGAGAUCCUACAGCUAGCCAGCAUUGCUGUGCAGGGCCUCACGCGGCUCGAAGCCUGGAACAUCAUCAAGGCCUUGCCUGAUGGACCUGUGACUAUUGUCAUUAGGAGAAAAGGCCUGCAGUCUGAGGGGACCACAGCAGCUGGAGAAGCCUAG